CAGACCACCAUCACUGAGUGAGUUUGGAGUGUUGAUCUACUGAAAGCGUCAAGAUGGCAAAUAAAAGAACAAUCCAGGAGAUUCUCCUGAAUGUUCUGGAGAAUCUGAAUGAUGGAGAGCAGAAGAUGUUCCAGUGGUACCUCAGCCAGGAGGUUCUGGACAAAUAUCCUCCCAUACCAAAGGCCAAGAUAGAGGGUGCCUCUCUGGAAGAGACAGUCAAUCAACUGAUUGAGUUCAAUGAUAACUCAGCUGCAGCGAAGAUCACUGAGAGAACUCUGGAACGGAUGAACCAGAAGCAGCUGGCUCGAAGGCUCGAGGGGGCUCUGGAGAAAGGAGGAUUCUUCCCAGAAGUUCCAUAUGUGCAGAUUCUGCCACAAGGACUCAGUGACCAAACACUCAUCGCCAUCUAUGGGGAGCCUAAACCAAAUGCUGAAAUAUUUCAGAUCAACCUCCAGAAAGGUGAUAAUGUGGCCUUUCAUUUCAACCCUCGUUUUAAUGAGGAUGGGAAGCAGGUGAUCGUGAGGAACACCAGGAUUAAAGGUGUUUGGGGUCCUGAGGAAAGAGAACUUCCUUUCUUCCCUUUCACACCUGGAAAACCUUUUGUGAUCAAGAUUUCCUGCACCAGCUCUGAUUUCAUUGUGGAAGUUGACGACAGGUAUUUGCUGUCUUUUACACAUCGCAUGAAGGACCUUGACCGCAUCAAAACACUCGCCAUCGAAGGAGAUGUUGUCCUCAAGUAUGUUGUCACAGACUUCUUCCCAGAAGUUCCAUAUGUGCAGAUUCUGCCACAAGGACUCAGUGACCAAACACUCAUCACCAUCUAUGGGGAGCCUAAACGAAAUGCUGAAAUAUUUCAGAUCAACCUCCAGAAAGGUGAUAAUGUGGCCUUUCAUUUCAACCCUCGUUUUAAUGAGGAUGGGAAGCAGUUGAUCGUGAGGAACACCAGGAUUAAAGGUGUUUGGGGUCCUGAGGAAAGAGAACUUCCUUUCUUCCCUUUCACACCUGGAAAACCUUUUGAGAUCAAGAUUUCCUGCACCAGCUCUGAUUUCAUUGUGGAAGUUGACGACAGGUAUUUGCUGUCUUUUACACAUCGCAUGAAGGACCUUGACCGCAUCAAAACACUCGCCAUCGAAGGAGAUGUUGUCCUCAAGUAUGUUGUCACAGGACCUUAAUUCUGACUCAUUACAGCAGAUUCUACCGCAGCGUUUCUGGAUUAUAUGAAUUACUCAUCAGUAAUUAAACUUGGUUUUGGACUUGCAAAACAAAUCAUUGUGUUAUAUGCUUUGAUGCUUCUAUUUUCUCAACUGGCUUUACUUUAAUGAUGAAAUAUUAUUUCUAAAUUCAGUACUUAAUGCUGCAACAUAUAUACAACAAGGCUUUUACAUAUAAUCAAUGAAUAUAUAGAUUGAGUAUGGCUACUGAUGGAAUGGCUAACCAGAAUCUUACAUAUACAAACAUGCAAUUAUUGAGCUGAAUAACACAUAACCUUUAUUCUUUAAAUUGUUUGGUCAAU